AUGGGGCCACUGCAGGGACAGAAGCGGUCGACGUGGCGUUUUUUGUCUCAACUCGAGACGCUUCAAACGAACGACGGAAACAGCACCGAUCGUGUUUCAGUUGCAUUGCCGCUGAGCAGCAUCAACCGGUAUGUGGACAAGGCGUGCGAAACAAGUCGGUGCUUAAUUGAGGCGGAGGACGUUUAUUACGCGGGACACGUCGUUGAGUGCGCCAUCGAAACAGCUCGGGAUGCUCGUUUCGACUUUCUGGCCUUUGUGUUGCAGACUACUGCUAUCAGCAGUGCUCCGCACGAAGUGAAAAUUACCGUUUGCGACGCGGCGGUCGAUCCGACGAGUUGUUCGUGCAAAGCUGGGAAUUACAAGUGCAAACACAUUGUUGCUGUUCUGUUGCAUAUAAAUGCUGCCAAGACUUUUGACAAACUCUCGUCAACCGACCAGCCGCAGAAGUGGGGCAAAGAGCACAAAGAACGAGUAAAAGAAAAGUACCAGCCAAGGGCUAUAAUUGAUCUUCCAUGUGCUAAAAAGGCAAAAAUCAGAGAGGUGCCCCAACUGGAUGGCAACAUACUUGAGCGACUGCUGAAAAAUGUAAGCUAUCAAUCUGCUGCAAAAAUGCGCUUAGACAGAGAUACUGAAACAGCAGAAUACGCACUACCGGAGCCAACCAAAGAAGCAGGAUGUUCCACUUCUGAGCCAACGCAUCGUGAUUUAACACUCAUCGGUUCUGUGAACGAGCUAAGGAGCCUCCUUGGAAUCAGCGGUGAAGUGACGCCAGAAAAGUUGCUUGCACACUUACAGGAAAGCAAGAGCCGUGAAGACAUUAUUGUGAUUGAAAGUUUAACACGAGAUCAGGCAAAAUAUACUCUCUGGCUGCGUCACAGGGUAGGUAUGGUCACCGCUUCUAUUGCCUACAGUGUAUUUAUCCGUGUAUAUACAUUAAGGACAAAAAUGGGCCCGCAUGAUCUGAGACCCUUGCUGAGAAAAGUCAUGAGGCAGAAUAAUGCUUGUACAGCAACAAUGCGUCGUGGUAUUGCUCUGGAAUGCAAUGCACGAAAAUGCUACGAAAGCCAACGUGCCAGCCAUGAUAAUUUGGCUGUCAGCAGUGGGCUUUUCAUUAUGGAAGGUCACCCAUACAUGGGUGCGAGUCCAGAUGGCCUAGUAAAGUGCGACUGUUGCCCUGAGAGGGUGCUGGAAAUCAAAUGCCCUGAGUCAACAAAAAAGUUCUUGGAAGAGAACAUGGAGAAAAACAAAGAAAAAAUUUUGACUCGGAAUCUCAAGCGUGCCACCACAUACUUUUGUCAAGUGCAGGUACAGAUGGGCAUCACAGGAAUUCAGCAUGCAGAUUUGUUUGUAUAUGUCAGUGACCAAGAUUACGCCUGUAUUGCAGUGCCAUUUGAUAAGGACUAUUUCAGUAAUGUACUUGAAAGGUCCUCAUUUUUUUUCGAACAGUACAUACUGCCACAUGUUCUUUCUAUGUGAUAUGCUUUGCUUCAGUUAGGCAUGCAACUUUUUAUGCACUAUGGUCACCAAAUGGCAAGCUCCCUUUUUAACCAAAACAAUGUCUGUAGAUGGUGCUUAACUUUCAACAUUGACAAAAAGGCUAUCAAGACGCUUAGUGGGCAAUAUUGCAUCAAUAUUUGGUUGGAUACCUGGCACUAUAAGCAUCCAGCUAUGUUUCUUCUCGAACGCAAAGCAGCCAGAAAAACGAACCUGCAAACUUCUGCUCAGAAACAAAAAAACUUGAAA